GUUCCAAAUACGACAAGUGUGUUAGCGUAUGCAUCUCCCUCAUUACACAUGAUACAUAUCUAUCAUGUUAUAUUCAAUUACCUAUGGACAAUCUUUUUCUUCUAUUACACAAAAAAGCUUGUACUAAACAGCCCCAAAAUCCUACCCCAGAUCUAAAACCCCACUUGUUAGGUCCACCUCCUCUCUCCCCCGAAAUCCUAAACCAGAUCCAAAUCUGGACCAUGGGAUCCCCAUCCAAUGACCCAAAAUCGCCCAAAAGACCCACCCCGAACAAUGUCCGCCCUCAACCCGGACAUGUCCGGGCGGCAAACCCCAGUGUCCUGAGCUCCCUUCGCUCCUCCCGAGCAGCACCACGUCGCCUCCUCGCAUGCCCCGCGGCCACCCAGGCCGUCGAAGUGCAGCCACCGGCUAGCAUCGCGCUGGAGCCAAGACGCCGCCAUGGCCCGUUGCCAGUCGCCAGCCCCGCCUCCAGCCAGAUCCGGGCUAGCCGCCCCCAGAUCCGGCGACUCCGGCCGCCCCGGUUCGUCCCCGACGCCUGCGAUGCCCCGUUGCCGCGCGUGGCAACCGCCGUUGUGACCUCUGUCUCGUCCAGGACGGCAGGACUCCCGAACCGCUUCAGGGUGUGAGGAUUCAUUCGACUACGUCGGUUCGUGUACUUCAUGGAUUCGUUCUUCUUGCAAGCAGGAUCACACGCAAGAUGGUCAUUUCCCUAGAUACCAGUACCAUCAUUGCUAUGCUAGUUGUCUCAUUUCUUUCACUAUGUCUCACUGCUUACAACCUGUCAGCCUCCCAACAUUGCCAUGAAAGGCCUCUAACCCCCUCCAUAACCCAUCAAACCUUGUUUGGCUAUAUUACUGCUUGAUCAACCUUCUUAUAACUUUGCUAGUUGCAGGUCCAAUUUCUUCCAUGUGAAAACAUGGAUUCCUUGCUAUGUCAUCAUAUUAUUGCUAGUUAAUUUAGAGCAUCUAUACACUUGGUAAAAGGUGGAAGGCUUCGCCUUCUAGCUCGGUGUUUUGUUCUAUCUUUGCUGCUCUAAAUACUUGUGGACCGGUGUUAUGUUUCAUAAUUGAGAGCUCUUAACA